AUGGGAAGAGCCAAGGAAAGGGCGGUCCCUCACGUCCGCACUUGCGAUCUGGAAGACCGAACGUGUCCGGCCUGCGACAAGCUCUUGGACACCCCGCAAGGGCUCUUGUCCCACCUGUCCACCGCCAAAUCGUGCCGCUGGUACAAUAAGGGGAAAAACAAGGACAUCGGUGUGGGUGACUUCAGCACAAUCGUUAGAGAGGAGGCGAUCCGGGCGUCACAGUCUGCGGACAUGGACAUUGACGACGAACCAACCACUUUCCAAGAUGUCAUGGAGACUCGGGACCUGUUUCGGUUCGUACUUCCCCCUUCCCAUGCAAACUUUCAUGUGGAAAACGAAGGAGAGGCCUCGUCCUCUACGUCCCAGAGGGCUGGGGCCCCCGCUUUGCCCGGUGUUCCCGUCCCUGCCUUGGACGAUGACGAAGACACCAGAGUGGAGGAGGAAAACAAGCUCGCCGGCAUGGUCGUACGGAUGGAGGAGACAAUUGUCGAGACGUGGAAGGCUUACUUUGGGAAAAAUGAGGACGACAGCGAUGCCAUGGACGUAGACGGUGAAGACGAGCCACCGGACAAGGGAGACCUCAACCAGAAGUGGAGGCCGUUCGCGUCCGAACUUGACUGGCAGGUGGCCAUGUGGGCAGUUCGUGAGGAUGUCGGCCAGAAUUCUCUAAAUCGGUUCCUGCGCAUACCGGGGGUGGUUGAAAAGCUGGGGCUAACCUUCAAGGACGUCAGGCAACUCUUCAUGAAAGUAGACAGUAUUCCUGAUAGGGCGACAUGGAAGAUGACGACCUUGACGUUCCGUGACCGGCCAGACGAGGAACACAUUAUACGAUACCGGGACAUUCUCGAGGCUAUACAGGCCCUCCUAGGUAACCCAUCAUAUGCUAAGCAGAUCGUGUACCGCCCGAGGCGUGUCUUCGCCGACCGUUCCAAAACACGCAGGAUAUUCACCGAAAUGUGGACUGGUCUUUGGUGGAAUGCUGUCCAGGUAAGCAUCAGUUUUCCCACCUACCUUGUUGAUCUCUGA